CUUCGUUUACAGAGCUUCUGGUAUGGUGUGUCGCGCUUCAAAUCGUUGGUGUUGGUUCGGGUGUGAAGACCGAUAUUUGGAUAAUGUGAGAUUGAAGACACCGAAGAGAAUAUAAAACCAUGAAUUUAACAAUACGCAGCUUUGUGCUGCUUAGCCUUUUCCUAUCCCAGUCAUUAUGUGUAAAGCGAAGUAUAGAUUUAAUAGCAGCUCACGGAUUAAUAUCUGAUAACAGACUACCUCGCAAUGUCGUCCCAACGUUCUACAAACUCGAAAUACAGCCUAUCCCAGAAACACGCACUUUCAAAGGAACCGUUUGGAUCAACAUGACAUGGGUCACUGCAACUGACGAAAUCGUCCUGCACGCCGAUGAGGAAUUGGAAAUAAACGAAGUCGAUGUCACGCAAUACGUUGCCGAUGAUCUCACGACUAAGUUCUCUUCCGUGAUUCCUCCAAAUACCAAAUUAAAAAUAAAGGAUGUGGUGCGACUUCCCAAGAAGCCUAUGGUCAUCAAAUUGGAGAAGAAGAUUGGAGAAGGUACCCAAAGUGAACUCUAUAUUACUUACAACGGCAAGAUGAACAACGAGACUAGUGAAGGUCUCUUCAUGCAUAACUACGAUGAUCCUGUAACUGGUGAAUCGAAAUGGUACAUCGCAUCUCAUCUAAGACCAAACUUAGCUAGAAGUAUGUUCCCUUGCUUCGAUGAACCGGCUUUCAAGGUUCCUUUCUUGGUUAGCAUUGCCAGAUACAAGAACAUGAAUUCCUUGUCCAACAUGCCUUUGGAAUGGUCCGAAGCAUCUGAAACGGAACCGAAAUGGGUUUGGGACCACUUCAGGCAAACUCCUCCGAUGUCUACAUUCACCGUUGGAGUCGUCGUCACUAACUUCCCUUCAAUCACUUACAACAGUGGAGGUGAAAGGGAAAGAAUGCCAAUAGUCAGAGUUUUCGCAAGGCCAGAUUUCCUGUUGAGCUUCAACAAUACUACUUUGAAAGUAGCAAGGUCUUUGAAGAUUAUCCAAAAAUUUUGGGGAACCAAAUAUCCUCUACCUAAAUUGGACUGCUUGGCUUUACCAAACUACCAAGCCAUAAGACCGGCCGACAAUUGGGGAUUAAUUCUUUUCAAGGAAAGCGAAAUGGCGGGAAAAAAGACUUGGCACAUCUCUCAAGAAUUGGUUUACCAAUGGUUGGGUUCAUUGGCUACUCCAUACUGGUGGAGUGAUGCUCACGUUAACAAUGCUUUAGCAAGAUAUUUAACAGCGUAUACAACGCAGAAAAUCAAUGACGGACACGAGACCUUCAACAACUGGCCGAUGACGAUGCUCUAUUCGAUUUAUUACGAAUUCAGCAAGCGUUAUCCUCAUGGAAAGAGCACAGCCAUCAAGCAGGAUUCGGCCUCAGCAAAGACGGAAUUAAUUUUUAGAAUGUUAAAUUACACACUAGGCGAGAAGACUUUCAGAGCUGGUCUUCAAAAGUUCAUGUCCGACAGACAAUACAAAACAUUCUUCAGUGACGAUAUUUGGUCAACACUCACUACUCAAGCUCGUAACGAUAAUGUCCUUGAUACAUCUAUUUCAGUCAAUGAGAUUGCCGCAUCUUGGAUCACUAAAGAUAGGUUACCAGUUUUGAACGUUGUGAGGGAUUAUGAAAAUAAAACUGCAAAAAUUGAACAGAGAGUUUACCUGAGGGAAAGACCGCAUGAUGUACCUGAUCAAGAUAAAUUCCUUUGGUGGAUUCCUUUGGUCAUGGUCAGAGAAGAUAAACUGAACUUUGGAAAUAGUACACCGAUGAUGUGGAUCAAAAAGGAGAAGGAAAUUGUUUUGAAUGAUAUGCCCGUUUCUGAUAUGUUCAUUAUUAUCAAUCCUGAAGAAAUAGGCCCAUUCCCUGUUAACUACGACAAUAAGAAUUGGAACAUGCUUGCUCAAUACCUCAUGAACGAUGAUGUUAGAACCAAAGUUCCUGUUAACACCAGAGCUAAAUUGCUUCAUGAUGCCUGGAACUUAGCUUACGCUGGAGAUUUGUGCUUCGGCACUGCUUUGAACAUGACUCUGUUUCUGAAAUACGAAAGGGAGUAUCUUGCCUGGGAUCCAGUCUUUACCAUGAUUGAUCACAUUGGUAGACACAUUGACAGCUCCGAAGUCCACCAGAAAUUCCAGACUUACGUCAGACUUUUGCUAACACCGUUGUACGAAGAAUUGGGAAAUGAGCCAGAAGAUGGAGAGACAGAAGGUAGAGCGCAUUUGAGGAGUUCUUCAAAGGUAUUCUUGUGCCAAGCCGGAUACAAACCAUGCAUCGAGGAAGCACAAGCAGCAUUCAAGAAGUGGAUGCAAAUUGGUAAUCCGGAUGAAGGAAAUCCCGUUGCAAAUCAGUACAUCUGUCCCGUUUUCAAAUGGGGAACCAAAGCCGAGUGGGAGUUUGGUUUGCAGAGGAUCAUCAAUUUCCCGGAAUCCCGCAAAGCCAACGAACGCACGUACCUCCUGAAAACGUUGGCGGGUUGCCCGAUAGACUCAUGGAAGAUUGAAAAACUACUGAACAUCACUGUCCUUCAGGAGAACCGUCACUUCACCGACAACGACAUCUACCUGAUUUUCAGCAUGUUGACAGGUGGCGCGAACGGAUACACCACACUCUUCAACUUCCUCGACAAGAACUGGAAACCUCUGAAAGCGAGAUUCGAGAAGAAAGCGCAUUUGUGGAACAGCUUGAUUACUUCAGCAACAAGUGUUUUCAAGACUCAAGAAGGACUCGAUAUGGUCGCUCAAUUCUACCUGGAGAAGCAAGGUGAAUUCGGAACGGCCGACUUCGUCGUCGAAAAAGCUUUAAAGAAUAUUAAAGAGGAGUCCAAAUGGAGCACCGACAAUCUGCCGGUUAUCGAGAAAUGGUUGGAUGAUUACCUAAAAUUCAAUCAAGCUUGAUUUAUUAUUUACUCUGAUAUUAUAUCGUUUACAGUUUCUAUUAUCUACUCAACUAUAUAUUACGAGUAUUAGUUUAGAAAGCGUACUAGUUUACUUUAGUUUAUGUUUAAAUAUUAUUCAAUACACUGAAUUUUCGAGCUACCAAUCAUUUCAAACAAAGUA